AUGACGGAGAUAUCCAACGAUCCGUUUUUGAUCUACGUAUUGAAUACCAAACAGUUAAGUAAUUUGGACCGCCUACGAAAGAAAGCAGUUACAAAACAACUAGAAUUAAGUGCUGACAAUAAGAAUUCAGAAGAGUUUUUGAAGUAUCAACAUAUGUACCAAACAGAAGCAUUUGAAUGUUCACAGAAAAGACACGAUUCACACAAAAUAAUGGAGAAUGAAUACGAACUGUACCAAAGAAGUUCUAAAACAAGAAGAUACAGUAUCGAUUUAGAUUCCGUGCCUGCAGCAGAUAUGGAUCCACAAGCAGUAAACUCAAAUGAGGACUUUCUUGAUAGGGAUGAAGAUAAUGAUGCUGUUAUGGAACUAAGGAAGAGGUUGUUAGGGAAACAGCAGAGCAAGGGUCUGGGAUAUGAAUCCACUAAAUCAGUCGAUAGGCAAAUUGAAGAUCAAGAUACCUUGCAACAGGAUUUGAUUCAAGAUAUGAGCAAACUUGUGGGUAGUCUGAAACAGGGAGCUGUGGCUUUUCAAUCCGCACUUGAUGAAGACAAACAAGUCCUUGGAGCUGCAGAGAUUGGCAUUCAAGUUGCCUCUCAAGGUUUAAUGGAUGUCAGUGGCAAAUUAAAGAAAUAUGACAAAAGUAAAUUGAGUUACCUGUUUUAUAUAACAGUUUUCAUUUUCAUGAUUCUUGGGCUGGUGUUCACUUUCAUUAUAAUUCAACUCUUCCCAGCACUAUAA